AUGAUUGAUUCGCUACGGCUUCGUAUUCUUCAGUUCCUAUUUUAUUUCUUUCUAUGCUUUCCCUCCUACGUUACUUGUAUCCCCGCCUUCUUCGUUACUCUUUUUCCCGCCUUUUUCGUUACUCUUUUUCCCGCCUUUUUUCCAGUACUUCUUCUCCUGCCAUUUUUCUUACUUCUCACUGUGUUUUUUUUUUCUUUUCUUUUUUACAGUUGUUUUCACAAAAUGUUCUUUCUCUUUCGUUUCGCUCCUAAGCAUCAUUUUCUCGUCUUUCCACACUGUCGUCUUUCUUAUUUUUUUUAUUCCGUCCAUCUUUUCCCUUUCCUCCUUUUAUUUUCACUUUGCCGCAUUUCUUUCUUUCAAAAUUUCUUUGUUUUACACCCAUCAUACCUUACUCUUUCUUCGUGUAGCUUUCCUCAUUUCUAUCAUUUUUCUCCUUCUGUAUUCGGAAAUACAUCGAACUUUUUUACUGUUUGGACGCCACCUAAAAGGAGGAAACUUUUGGGACAGCGCACGGCAGCUGCCUCCGCUACUAGAGCAGCGAGGGUGAGUGAAACCCCUGAACAGACUUCUUUGCGUCUUUCACGGAUGGCUUUGAGCUCAGCUGCUCGCUUAUCUACGGAAAGCUCCGCUGCGCGGACUGAAAGGUUGACUUCAGCUGCUUCAACCAUGUCCGCACGCCGCGCCAGGCUUUCAGUUGAAGAACAUUCACUUCAGAAUUCACAGUACGCAGUCCGCGUGACUAGGUUGAGGGCUUCACAGUCCCCAGCACAAAAAACCCUUCGUCGUUUGCGGGAUGCCACUGCCAAAGCUUGCUCCAGGGACGAACCUCCCCAGCCGCUUAGGGACCUCCUUCUGGGUACAACUUCGAAGUCAACGCAUUUUCUUGAAGCAAUACGGAAGUACAAAUGUUGCUUCCAGAUGACGUCUUUUGGUGCGAAGGCUAUUAGUGAGGCGGGAUGGAUGCCUACUUUCAAAGUGCAAGGCCAGGUUUACCACUUAAUAGGAUCACUUUUGGCUCAUCAGGGAGAGCCACCUCAGUUCCUACAAAUUUACUUUCUCGCUGACUACAACGAGCAAGUUGAUGCGCGUCUCGGCAUUCUGCCUAGCGAUAUUUCCGUCGGUCCCCGUAGAGACAUUCUGUUCCGUCUACAAUACAUGCUUCACGAAUCUAACAGUUACAUCCGAAGCUUAAAGUUUGUGUUGCAAAACAACUCUUCGCCCUCUUUCAGUGUUGUCAUCGAUGUAGACAGACGGCCUCACGGUAAGCAUGAGCGUCGCUUCAAUGCUCCUGUAUGUAAUGAAGUCGCCGCAGUCAUCCACGGUGAGGAGCAUAACAGCCGGGAUAUUGUCAUAAGGUACCGGGGCGGUGGUCUGCGCCGCAUCAGUAAAACCCACCGUUCAUGCGACUUUAUCACAGAAAUUUUCUUACCAUGA